GGAAUGGCGGCGUCGGAGCUGGAGCGUUCAUUGCACGGAGGGGAAAAAAACAAUGAAGCGUACGCUUCUUACAAAGACUAACUGAAUGGAUGUAUGGACACGGAACGAGUGUGAUACGGCACGUUAAACUGUGUCCUGGUUCGUGAAUUUCCUGCGGAUUUUCCUGUCUGUCCGCGUCCACACGGAGGAGGUACGAGCGGCUCGUCAGAGAACUGUGUCUGUCCGCCUCAGUCACACACAGAGUGAGUCCGGCUGCUGCAUUCGGCGGGUUCGUGCAGAAAGAAACACCGGCGGCGGCAGCUUUUCACUCAGCGGUGACAAGAAUUGAUGUUAAGCUUCGCGGAGCUCGUUACAUCGAUUGAAAAGUACGCAACACCAACAGUCAUGCAACAGGGCUUCCUAUGAUAACCGCGUAGCUUCAGUGAUAAUGAUCAUCAUGGUGAUGCGCAAGAAGUAAAUAAGUAACUGAGAAGAAGUGAGAGGACGGUACAGGUGUAAAUCGACUGUCAAGGUACCAAGUGUUUCCCGCGUGCCACCCACUGCGACUGUCCCAGAGAGAGUGAACUGUCAUUCACAUGAUCAGUCCUUCCAGUCAUGGCUGAUGAGCGCAGGCCGAAGCAGUGCAGCUUGGUGCUGCCCACCGAGUCCAUGAAAGUCAUGGCAGAAUCUGUGGGCGUUGGCCAGUUGCAGGAGGAGUGCUGUGUGGCUCUCAGUGAGGAGGUCAGCUACCGCAUUAAGGAAAUCGCGCAGGACGCGCUCAAGUUCAUGCACCACGGGAAGAGACGUAAGCUGACGACCAAUGACAUCGACCAUGCUCUCAAACUGAAGAACGUGGAGCCGCUGUAUGGGUUCCAGUCCCAGGAGUUCAUCCCCUUCCGUUUUGCCAGCGGCGGUGGCAGGGAGCUCCAUUUCUAUGAGGAGAAGGAGGUGGACCUUAGUGACAUCAUCAACACACCACUCCCCCGCGUUCCCCUUGAUGUCUCCCUGAAGGCGCACUGGUUGAGUAUAGAAGGUGUCCAACCAGCCAUCCCAGAGAACCCUCCUCCAGUGUCCAAAGAACAGCAGAAAGUCGAGUCCACUGAGCCCCUGAAAGCUGUGAAACCUGGGCAGGAGGAGGAAGGGCCUGUCCAGGGCAAAGGUCAAGGGGUAACCAGUGCAGAAAGCAAAGGGAAGGAGAAGAGCAUCUCCCGGCUGAAGCCACGCAGCACCCACGAGCUCUCUGUGGAGCAGCAGCUCUACUACAAGGAGAUCACAGAGGCCUGUGUGGGGUCGUGCGAGGCUAAACGAGCGGAGGCUUUGCAGAGCAUCGCCACAGACCCUGGACUCUACCAGAUGCUGCCCCGGUUCAGCACCUUUAUCUCCGAAGGGGUGCGCGUGAAUGUGGUGCAGAAUAACCUGGCUUUGCUCAUCUACCUGAUGCGAAUGGUCAAGGCACUGAUGGACAAUCCCACACUCUACCUGGAGAAAUACCUCCAUGAGCUCAUCCCCGCUGUGGUGACCUGCAUCGUGAGCAAGCAGCUGUGCCUGCGGCCCGACAUGGACAACCACUGGGCGCUGAGAGACUUUGCUGCCCGACUCAUGGCCCAGAUCUGCAAGACAUUCAGCACAACCAACAAUAACAUCCAGUCACGCAUUACCAAGACCUUUACCAAGAGCCUGCUGGAUGACAAGACCCAGUGGACGACUCGCUACGGUUCCAUCGCUGGACUGGCAGAACUCGGGCCUGAUGUUAGUGUGAUCAAGACCCUCAUCCUCCCCCGAUUGUCCAUCGAAGGAGCUCGCAUCAAAGCUGUAGUCGAAGGACCCGUCAUCUCCAACAUUGACAAGAUCGGGGCUGACCACGUGCAGAGCCUCCUUUUGAAACACUGUGCCAGUGUGAUUGCCAAGACACGCCCACUUCCUGACAACGUGGACCAGUAUCGGGCCGACUACGGGUACCUGGGGUCCAUGCUAUGCUCUCACGUGGUGAAAGCCCGGGCUCAGGCAGCGCUGCAGGCCCAGCAGGUCAACAGAACCACCCUGACCAUCACACAGCCCCGGCCCACACUCACUCUGUCCCAGGGGGUCUCUACAGGGUCCGGGCCGCGCACUCCCAACAUCAUAAAGGUGCCAAGUUCACUAACUCUGCCAGUCCAGACCCUGGUGUCGACCCGCCCCGUGACACCUGCCCAGCCGUCACCCCCGGCAACCAAGUACAUUGUCAUGUCAACCAGCACAGCUGCAGCCACCAGCCCACAGGUGAUAUCUCUGACCUCGUCACGCUCAAGCUCACCCAUCACCAGCACAGCUCCCAGCUCUACCUCCACCUUGCAGCCGCUGGUGAAAGUAGAACACACAGGGCAGAGCGUUACCACUCCAGGAGCAGGGGGUUCGCGCACCCUCCAGAAGUACAUUGUGGUGUCCCUGCCGUCGGCAGUGUCCUCAGAAGUGAAGGCGUCCAGCCUGUCGUCGCCUUCCACCGCAGUGGACUCCACGGUGAAAGCAGAUCGCACCGAGUUGCCGGGGGCCAGCACACACUCCUCCCACUGAGAGUGGGGCGGCAAGGGAGCGCAGGGGCUCCGUGCUGGGGGCCGGGGGCAUCCGUCGGAGCGCGGUCGGUCCGGAAAGAAGCUUCUGAGCUGUGGACAGUCCAGAGACACACAGGAGCACAGUGGGGGACCAGGUGAGGCCGUGGGGCCAGUUGGUCCUGUCGGGCCCCAUGUUUCCGUUCCGCCUCAUUCCACAGGGCUCAGUUGACUUGUCUCAGUGACGCUGCUGGACCUCAUGUGUUCUGCAAUAAAGCUGAUGGCUGUUUCCUACACCAUGUUUGUAUACCCUGUUUGUCCCAGAGUGUCAAAGCAGCACCCCCGAUACCACGUGUGUAGUCAGCCCAGUGUGUGUCCAUGUGCUGAGUGUGUCUCACACGCUUACACACUUGUCCACAAAUUUGUUCCAGACAUACAUACACUCCCCACACCUGGUGAAGGUGUGAAGGCAGGUAAAGGUGUCCUGUACACAGUCCCCAAAGCUCUCUGAAA